AUGGCUCAAGGCGACAGCAGAGUACCACACGCGCCUACACGGUGCCCCUUCAGGUCAGGCGGCCGAGCUCGUGAUGGAGAAGACGAAGAGAGUCCAGAAGCAGCCGUUUUCCAGCUACCAGUGGCUGAAGUUGUCGUUGGCAACCCAAAUGCCAUCGUUGGCAAGUUCACGCCUGCCGUGGCUGCUGAUAAUGAUGUCAAAUUUCUUCCGAACCCAUCAAACUGGGUGAGCCCGAUGAAGUGGUUUCGAAAAACAGAACCCUGGAAUUUGUCAAAGAACCAGCUGAGUGAUCCAACGAUUCCCUCCUUUUGA